AUGCCGGUCGCGGCGUCAAAUAACUAUUGGGACUCUUUCGACGAGGUUUCAAAAUACAAUGUCCACCUGAAUUUCGCUGAAAAACUCUGGGCCGCUUGGUACGCCUACAUGCAAAAUGAUGUCCUUGCAACGGGUAUUAUGUCGUUCGCGAUGCACGAACUGGUUUAUUUUGGCCGGUCUCUUCCAUGGAUCCUCAUCGAUAGUUUUGGACUUUUCAGGCAGUAUAAGAUUCAAAGUGAUAAAAUCCCUACUGCAAGAGAACAAUGGAAUUGCGCAAAGUUGGUGCUUCUCAGUCAUAUUACCGUCGAACUUCCUCAGAUUUGGCUUUUCCACCCUAUGGCUCAAUACUUCGGACUCGCUACAACAGUUCCAUUCCCAUCUCUCUGGACCAUGGCAUAUCAGAUUGCAGUCUUCUUUGUUUUGGAAGAUACAUGGCACUAUUUCUUACACCGAGCGCUACACUGGGGGCCGCUAUACAAAGCUAUUCAUAAGAUCCAUCACCAGUAUUCUGCCCCCUUUGGUUUGGCCGCUGAGUAUGCUUCUCCUAUCGAGGUGAUGAUCCUCGGCUUCGGAACUGUUAGCUGCCCAAUCCUCUGGUGCGCGAUUACAGGUGAUUUGCACAUCUUGACGAUGUAUAUCUGGAUUGUACUACGUUUGUUCCAAGCUAUUGACGCCCAUAGUGGCUAUGAGUUUCCAUGGAGUCUUCAUCAUUUCCUGCCAUUCUGGGCUGGAGCCGACCACCACGAUGUUCACCAUGAGAAAUUCGUUGGGAACUUUGCCAGCAGCUUCCGUUGGUGGGACUAUGUGCUUGACACUGAGUAUACUCCCGAAUCUGUGAAGCGAUGGCGCGAGAAGAAACAAGCGAAUGCUACUAGCAAGAAAGCAAACUAG